GCAAAGCAAAUCCAAAUAAAUCCGGAAGUGAAUUUAGUGUCACAAAGAAUGAAUUUUAUCGCAAUUAAAAUCGAUUUAAGUUAUAUCUGAUUCCAAAAUUUUCAGAAACAAUGACAACAUCAAUUGAGAAUGCUCUUAUAUCGCAGGCACCUCCGUCACUCUACUACAUCCCAGACUUUAUUACACCAGAAGAGGAGUCUUACCUUCUGAAACAAGUGUAUGCUGCUCCAAAACCAAAAUGGACCCAACUUUCCAACAGAAGGCUACAAAACUGGGGGGGUUUGCCACAUCCGAAGGGUAUGAUUCCUGAAGAUCUUCCACAGUGGCUUCAAACCUAUUCUCAGAAGAUUGCUGCACUUGGUUUAUUUGAAGAUAAAGUACCAAACCAUGUUCUUGUGAAUGAAUACUUACCCGGGCAAGGAAUUAUGCCUCAUGAAGAUGGACCACUGUAUUACCCGACAGUAUCAACUAUCAGCCUGGGCUCCCAUACACUGCUAGAUUUCUACCGCCCUAUUACAGAAACUCAAGCAGGGGAUAACAUAAACACUAAUACAGAGACUUCAAAGACGUCAUUUGAAGAUCGGUACUUGUGUUCCAUGUUGUUACAGCCGAGAAGUUUGAUCCUUGUAAGGGACGAUAUGUAUAAAGUCAAUCUACAUGGUAUCGCCGAGAGAAAGGAAGAUACCAUCACUGACAGUGUUGUGAAUUUGUGUAAAUGUGACGGUGUUAAGAUUGGUGAUAAAUUAGAACGAACUACAAGAGUAUCAUUGACUAUUAGAUACGUUCCUAAAAUACUGAAAGCAAAAUUGUUUCUUGGAAAGAAAAGAUGAUAAUGAUCUGAGAUGUUUAUAAUGAUAGUUUUUGUUUUCUUUCUUUUUAACUGUUUAUUUUUUAAAUUUGUUAAAAAUAAAGCCAUUUACUUUAGUUUUGAACUUGCUUUUAUCAUGUAAGUCCAUUAUAAUUAUAAGACCAUAGUACAUAAAUUUCAGUAUACACACGUAUAUACAGUUCAGAUGUCUUUUUCAGUCAUACUAUCAUAGCAUUUGGUUUAAUGUUUUUCAAAAAUUUAUCAAAAUACAACGCAUAACACAUGAUUUCACAGGUAUGGAUUUUCCCUUGAAAGUAGAAUAACACUAGAUAUAAAUCAUUAGAAAAUUUUUAUCAAGAAAUAUUCCGAUAACAACAUAGAUGUGCAUAAUUUCAUACAAGAACAUAAGUAUAUAUGCCCUAUCAUACUGAAAUUAAUGUAUCUUUUUUUUAAAAAAUGUAGAAAUUUCAUAUUUAUCUGUUAAACAGAUUGUGAUGUCAUAAUAAAGAUCGCAACAUUA